AUGAUCAGACGCCUGACUCAGUACACGAAGCAAUUCCAACGCCCAGUCACUACACUGGUAAACAGCAACGUCAAGAUGGCUGCCCCCGCAUCAGAUAUCACUCUCUACACCUCGCAGACCCCCAAUGGCAUCAAGAUCUCAAUCGCCUUGGAGGAACUUGGCCUCCCUUAUAAAGUCGUGGCCAUCGAACUCGGACAAAACACCCAGAAGGAGCCUUGGUUCCUCGAGAUAAAUCCCAACGGCCGCAUACCAGCCAUCACAGAUACCUUUACCGACGGCAAGAAGAUCGCUAUCUUCGAGUCCGGAAGUAUCUUGGAGUAUCUCGUCGAUAGAUACGACACGGAGCACAAGAUUUCUUACCCCAAGGGAACCAGGGAAGCAUAUGAAGUCAGCAACUGGCUCUUCUUCCAGAAUGCAGGUCUUGGCCCAAUGCAAGGUCAAGCAAACCACUUCAACCGCUAUGCCCCCGAGCGCAUUGAGUAUGGCGUUAACCGAUACACGAAUGAAACCCGCCGUCUCUACGGGGUACUAGACAAGCACCUCUCGCAGUCAAAGUCUGGCUACUUGGUUGGAGACCACAUCAGCAUUGCUGACAUCUCUCACUGGGGAUGGAUCGCCAGUGCCGGAUGGGCGGGAGUUGACAUCGAUGACUUCCCCCACUUGAAGGCCUGGGAGGAGAGGCUGCUUAAGAGGGAGGGAGUCGAGAAGGGCCGGCAUGUUCCAAAGCCACAUACCAUCAAGGAAUUGCUGAAGGAUAAGGAGGCUAUGGAGAGAGAAGCUGCUAAGAGCAGGCAGUGGGUUCAGGCCGGCAUGAAGAGCGAUGCAAGCAAGUAA